AUGGACGCCUACCCCGAAGACUACGUCAACCAUAAUCUGCCUUUGGUCCUACUUUCAGGACUCGAGGCAGAUGCUGAAGGUGAUUCUGAAGCAAGCUCAGAAUAUCCUUUACUGUUAGAGAGAGGAACCCAUAUCUUCUCGGACUUCCCCCCUCUGAGUGGGGGUGUUGCGGAGGAGCUGCGGAGCUUGCUCCUACAAGAAGAUGGCUCCCAGAUGCCAUGGAAAUCAAGAGUCAAUGUGAGCGGGAAUACUGCAACUGCAAAUAUUGCUUAUCGUAUCAAAAGCUCUGGCCGGGACAUCUUCCUAAUGGUCUAUAUGCAGUCGUGCAGACUUCCACCUCGAAAAGCGGACCCUCCUAUCCCCUCACCACCAACUAGCCCAAGUGAUAAAGGAAGCGAGCCAUCAGAUUCUACCACCCGCUUUAUUCUUCAUUCCCCCAUAUCACCUUUAUCACCAGGCUCUCCGACUUUCCCAGAUGGCCUUCUUACACCCUUAUGGGUGACAAAACACCAGAAUCUAGUUCCUGCGGCAGUAAUAAACUUCUUCCCAUUCUCUCUGGACCCGAACAUGAACUCGUUGCGCGACAAUCAGCUCAAGAUUGAGAUAAACAGCCUGAAGAAAGAAUGGCAAUCCUCUGAAUAUAAGACGCGAUUUGUGGUGGUUCUGUUAUCAGAAGAUGGAGAAGAGGGCGGAUACGAGGGCGAAAUCGAUGACCGUAUUGCAGGGAUUCGACGAGCAACGAAUCUCGACCCCAGGUCCAUCUUUGUGAUCCCACCAGACGCGACCUCGUCCGAGUUACAUGACUUUGUCAAAUCACUUUUCUCCCUCCUGCAACCUUCGAUCGUGGAAUAUUAUCGAGAUCUCUCUAAACAUGCUAGGCGCAAAAGGAACAGAAAUAGUAUUCCUCCUCCGACAGCGCCACCGACAACGGGGACAUCUCAGACACUGUCAUCUCAAGGCUGGAAUGUGCGAUACGAAUUUAAACUUGGAAUCUUCGCCGAAUUUCGCCAAGAGAUGGACGCAGCCUGUCGGAACUAUGAGAGUGCGUACGAUACUCUAUUUGGACACGAAGUGUUCGAGAUAAUUGCGGGGUGGAAUCCUCGUUUCAACGAUGCACGCCUUUUGGCUGACGCACUUGCUAUUCGAAUCAUGCGCUGCCUCUUGUGGACAGGUCAGACCACCGCCGCAGCGCGGCUCUGGAACAGCCACAGAACCCGAGUAAAGGACAUCGUCAACCGCAGAGGCAAAGGAAGUAAGCAUUACGGAUGGGAAGCCUGGGAGGCAAGAUGGUCGAUGAUCAUGGCACAACUUAUCCGCCGAGCUGAAAUUCCAUCCAUUUCCAGUGAAAUUUCUCCUGGAGAGCCCGGUGAGCUCUAUACCCUCCCAGAGAAAUCAAUUCCAACCGGUGAACGCGUCAAGCCUUGGGAACAUCUCCAUCACGAGGGCUACUGGCUCCAUCGCUCGGCGAAGCAUACAAUGAUUCGCCGAGCACUUGCGCUUGAAAUUCCCAUCGAAGAUCGCAAGCCACCUGGACAAUCACCGGCAUCGCAACUCGCUAAUAAAUCCUAUCUUUACGAUACGUAUCUGGUUCCCGAUACUCAUGCCGAAGCACCACACGAGGGUCGAACUGGUUUCGAUCAUUCUGCUUUGAUACUGAGCACCUUGAAGGCUGCCCUGGAGGAAUUCUCAAAACGCCAUCAGACCAGAAAAGUUGAAAGCUUGAGCCUUGAGACUGCUGAGGAGUAUAUGCGGGUUAGUGCAUGGGCUGAGGCGCAUAGUCUUCUCAAGCCGCUUUGGGCCACUCUAAGCUGGCGACGGUCAGGCUGGUGGCAUCUUAUGCUCAAUUUUGGUUGGGCUCUUAGAGAAAGUGCUCUAAGGGUGCAAGACAGUGAGACUGUUUUGCGAGUGGAUUGGGAGUUGCUUAACAAGACUUUCAAAGCUAGACCUGGCUGGCAUUAUGACAUCCACAGGAGCUUGGAAGGUCUGCCUGUUGAAAAACCUAAACCUUCUCUCGUCCUGCGUGCGGAGGAUGUCAUGACAAGUCUGACCACAUCGUUGGUAUUUGAGAAAUCCAGCGGCAACGUCGGCGAGCCUCUACACGUUCAACUUGCUAUCUCAUCCUGUGCACACAAAACUUCAGCUCCCAUUAGGCUCUCAGAAAUUAAGCUCGUGUUUGAGGGAUGUCUCCGACCAGUGGUGAUUCAAUCUGAUCAAAACAAGGACGCUGAUACCACCACUCCCUGUUGCAUCUCGACUACUCUACUCCGUGAGCCGAGUAACCCAGCUGAUGGCACAAUCCAAUCUCCGACCGGUGGGCUGGCCACAUUGGUCGGGGUAGCAGACCUGACUUUGGGACCCUCCCAAAACAAGAUCUUCAACCUUACCUGCAUCCCUCGCGAAGCUGGUGAAGCCCGGGUUGCGUCGAUCACAAUUUUGAUUGAGGAAGAACAAUUCGAUCUUGGUUAUGCAAUCACGGAACCCGAUCAGCGGGAGUCUUUUUGGUGGCAAGAAACACAAAAGGGCGUCACUCGCAGAAGGGUGGGUAAAGAUCGUGAUACUGGCCGAUGUAAGGUCAUGCCUAAGCCUCCAAAAAUUCGCCUCAGCGUUCCCAAUUUGAAGGAGACUUAUUAUACCAACGAGAGGGUGGUUCUUCACGUCGGCAUACACAACGAAGAAGAUGAAUCUGCCGAAGUGACGACUGAAAUAAGACUCUUCGGCACAGAGUCCGCCGCUCAAAUCCAGUGGUUGGAUGGCACCGAUACCGAGCCACUCGAGUCGGGUGCCAGCACACCGACCGAAGGGCCGUCCCAUUUCCUGAAACGCUCAGUAGGAGUCAUGGAGCGAUCUUCCGAACAGACCCUCGCGAUUGUCCUUGCCAAUAACGAGGAAGCGACAAAUUUCACACUGGAAGUCUCCACCAUUUACCAUUUAGUGUCUGAUAUUCAAACCCCAAUUAUGAAGAGCAUCACCGUGGAUCUAGCAUUCAUCCGACCAUUUGAAGCAAACUACGAGUUCUUGCCAGCCAUCCACCCCGAGCCGUGGCCCAAUUUCUUCGCAGUCAAUGACGACCUACUCGAUGACAGGUCCACUCCCGUCGCGGGAGGCUUGUUUCAGAAAUGGACUCUCAAUUCCAAAGUUGUUUCCUUUGCAAUGGAGCCAUUGAUAAUCGACAAGAUGUCAUUGAUUCUCCUCGAAGCCAACGGAGGAGCCAUCUGCACCGUCGGCCCAGAAGAGCUCGCCAGCCCGGAAACACUUCAUCUCUCACCGGAAGAGCUCCGAGAAUCGAAUUUCUGUCUCGACGUCCAGAAGACAAUGCUCGGCGACCGCAGACCAACAGCACUAAGUUGUGCAUUGGAAAUAAAGUGGCAUCGCCAAUCCGAAUCUAAUGAGAACACCACAGCCUCCGUCCUCGAUAUCCCACGGUUCGUGGUCCCAAUGGGCGAACCUCGAGUUCUGGCUUCAGCAACACCAUCCAGUGCAAUGGCAGGACUUAUUCAUAUGGAGUAUGUGCUUGAGAACUCCUCCACACACUUCCUUACUUUCAAUUUGGUCAUGGAAGCCAGUGAACAUUUCGCUUUCAGCGGACCAAAGACUACGGUUGUCCAGAUUAUGCCUCUCAGUCGCCACACGGUGAAGUUCAAUCUGUUCGCUGCGAAGCGUGGGCUGUGGAUUCAGCCUCAAUUGGUCGUUAUUGAUACCUACUUCAACAAGACUCUGCGUGUUCUUCCAACGGGUGAUAUGCGUUCUGACAAGAAGGGGGUUUUGGUCUGGGUUGAUGCGGAUGAUUGA